AUGACUUCACAGCGAUGGAUGCUGGCAUUCUGCUUCUCACUGGCCUCAGUUUUAGGCACAGGGGAGUCGGUCACAACAACAGAAACUCAGAAAUACACUUGCAAGACAUUUGGCAGCGGGGUCGUGCAGCCUUUCAACGGUUCAAGUUUCUACGUUCGGUCCAACUGCCUGUUCGUCCUCACCCGCUUCGCCCACAACCGGGUGAAAUGUGAUAUCACCAUGCGGCGAGGUGACAACGGGCUGCUGGUGCAAGUCGAGAUCAUCAUCAACAAAAUCAGGACUGUUGUGCAGAAUGGAAGCAUCUUGGUGGAGAAGAAAAGCGUUUCCUUUCCAUACGACCACACCUACCAGCACAUCUUUCAGUACGGCAUCUACACUAAACUGAAGAGCUCGCUGCUUCCUCUGUCUGUCAUCUGGCACAAUGUACCUGGAGGAAUAGACACUCUGUGGGUGGAGCUGGAGCAGGAGCUGAGCGGCGACAUGACGGGACUGUGUGCAAAACACAACAUGAUGGGCAACACACAGCAGUUGAUUACGGAGAGCGUGCUUGCUGACGACACGUGUCAAAUCCGAGAUCCCAUCUCUGCUGUGACUCCAGAAUGCAGAGAGUUCUUUUCCUACACGCUGGAUUGUCUGGAAGACAGUCUCCUUCAUUAUAUCCAACUCUGUGAAGAGAACAUUCACGGCUAUGAAACAAACAAAUACAUCAGCUGUGCUUUAUUCAAAGAAGUCGUCCAACAGUGUGGAGACAACAGCUUUGUCUGGAAUCUAUGGAGAACUGUAACCAAAUGUCCGGAGCCAAGAUGUCCAGGGGAUCUGGUUUAUGUAGAACUGGGUGCGGCCUUUGCUCCCAGCUGCUCCAAUCCAAACCCUACGUUAUCCAACCAGGAAGUCACCAGCUCCUGUGUCUGCCCAAAUGGUGAGAUGCUUAAUGAUUACACAGAUGCCUUCAGCUGUGUGACUGUGUCCAGCUGCCCCUGUGUGUUCGCUGGCAAGAGCUACUCAACCGGAGACACGCGCAGCACCAAGUGUCAGUCAUGUACCUGUGUCGAUGGGAAAUGGCGAUGCUCUGAGAACCUCUGCCCCCCCACAUGUGUCAUUGAAGGGCAGUUUGUGACGUCAUUUGAUGGCAAACGAUAUGCCGUCCCGGGUAAAUGUGCAUAUGUGGCUUCACAGGGUCUCAACUGGACAAUAACUAUAGAGUUUUCCAAAGAGGCACCUUCUCUGAGAACAGUUAUUCUUCAGCUGUUUCAGGAGUUGUAUACGUUCUCUCAAAACACAGUUGAAUUCAGAGGGGAGGAGAUCACUGAACUUCAUCAGUCUGAUCAUGCUCUGGUUUUCUGGCAGUCCUCCAUGUACGUCCAGAUCGACACAACCUUUGGUUUGAAGAUCCAAGUCCAGAUGUCUCCUGAAAUCCAGCUGUACAUCACCCCACCCAGAAACCCCACUGGCAUGACCUCCGGUCUUUGUGGCAACAACAACAACGACACCACGGAUGACUUCUCCACCAGCAGCGGGAUCAUCGAGAACUCAGCCCAAACCUUCGCUCGGUCCUGGAGUGUGGGCGCUUGUCCAGUGAACAUACCGGAGUCCUGCAUCAACACUGACAGUGAAAUAUUUGCUGAUGAAAAGUGUUCUGUGUUGAACAACCCAACUGGGAUAUUUGCUAAGUGCCACGAUCAUAUCCCAACGAAUCACUACCACACGGCUUGCAUCCAAAGAACAUGUAACUGUGGCAGCAGCUUGGCUCAGUGCUUGUGUGUUGCUUUGGGCAGCUAUGUCAAAGCCUGUGCCAGUCUGGGUGUUGUACUUGGUGACUGGAGGAAAGCUACCAACUGCACUCUGAAAUGUCCGAAGAACCAGGAAUUCUCCUACAACAUGCAAACCUGCAAACACACGUGCCGCUCCCUGUCCGGCCCUGACCCUCGCUGCAGGCUGGACGACGAUCACGUGGAGGGCUGUGGCUGUCCGGAGGGAACUCACCUGAACCAAGGAGACGUCUGCACCCAGAAGGCAGAGUGCGAUUGUCACUACAACGGCGGUAUAACGGCCCCGGGGUCCGCUGUUAUUGACGGACGGACAGUGGACUGUGUGAAUGGACAGCUGAACUGUUCUCAGGACUGUGGAUGCAGAAACGGGAAGGUUUGUGUUCAUUGCUCCGAGGAUCCAGUUAACACGGCUCAGAAAACCUGUGAAAGUCUCAGCAAACCAACGUCUGCCGAUCUGACCUGUGAGAGUGGCUGUUACUGCCCACGUGACCAGUAUGAGGAUCACCGUGGAAACUGUGUUUCUCUGGACAACUGCACGUGUGUGUACAGUGGCAAAGUAUUCAGUGAAGGACAGCAUGUCAACACCAGCUGUAAAACAUGUGUGUGUGCUCAGGGUCAGUGGCACUGCAGAGACGAGCCUUGCUCUAGGAAGUGUCAAGUUUACGGAAACGGACACUACCAGACCUUUGACUCCAAUUGGUACCGCUUUGACGGACAAUGUCAGUACACGCUAGUCGAGGAUGACUGUGGAAACAGUAACGGCACUUUCUCUGUCAGAGAGGAGAGCGUGCCCUGCUGUGAUGAGGCGCUCACCUGCUCUCGCUCCAUCGUCCUCGACCUGCAGGGCAAAGUCACGCUGACACUGAGCGACAUGAAGGUGACCAGACGCUACCAUCAGGGCUGGACGCUGCAGGACAGUUCCCUUUACUCCACACACACUGUGGGACUCUACAUCAUAAUCUCAGUGCCAAGCAGAGGAAUCACCCUCAUCUGGGACAAACACACCCGGAUCACCAUAGAGCUGCAUUCUUACUGGAGGAACCGAGUCUGUGGCCUGUGUGGGAAUUUUGACUUCAAUGAGAUGAAUGACCUGCAGAUAAGUGGCUCAGCAGUGGUGUCCAGUCCCUUGGCAUUUGGCAACAGCUGGAAAGUCGCCACACCUCCUUGCUCUGAUGUGACCACUGCGAUAUUUCCAUGUGAACGCAACUCCUACUGCACAGCCUGGGCACAGCGGCGCUGCAUGAUCCUUACAGGGAAAGCGUUCAGUGAAUGCGUCUUAAAAGUGGAUCCAACUCCCUUCUACCAAGCCUGUGUGCAGGAGUCCUGCUCUUGUGAGUUUGAAGGGAAGUUCCUGGGCUUCUGCACAGCUGUGGCAGCCUAUGCAGAGGCCUGCAGCGAGCAGGGUGUGUGUGUAAAAUGGAGAACACCUGAUCUGUGUCCGGUGUACUGUGACUACUACAACGAGCAGGGCCAGUGUAGCUGGCACUAUGAAGCCUGUGGUGAGAUGCUAACCUGCGGCAAAGACAACUACGUCACUCACAAGCUGGAAGGCUGCUACCCCAGAUGUUCAGAGGAAGAGCCAUACUUUGAUGAAAAUACUAGUGAAUGCACCAAAUUGAGAAAUUGCACCUGUUAUUUUGAUGAUACUGUCAUUCAGCCUGGGACAGUGGUGAUAAAUCAGUCUACUGCGUGCUUCUGUGAAAAUGGAAUAAUUAACUGCCCACCUCCACCCACCACACAACCUUCCACCACUCCUACAUCAAGCCCUCCCACCACCACUGCCUCAACUACUCCUGAAACAACUGUGCUUUCCACCACCACUACACCAACAAUUUCAACUGCCUCAACUACUCCUGAAACAACUGUGCUUUCCACCACCACUACGGCAACAACCACCACUGCCUCAACUACCUCUGAAACAUCAUCAACAACUCUCCCCACCACCUCUACACCAAUGACGACCAUUAUCACUGCCUCAACUACUCCUGAAACAACUGUGCUUUCCACCACCACUACGGCAACAACCACCACUGCCUCAACUACCAAUGGAACAUCAUCAACAACGCUCCCCACCACCUCUACACCAAUGACGACCAUUAUCACUGCCUCAACUACUCCUGAAACAACUGUGCUUUCCACCACCACUACGGCAACAACCACCACUGCCUCAACUACCAAUGGAACAUCAUCAACAACGCUCCCCACCACCUCUACACCAAUGACGACCAUUAUCACUGCCUCAACUACUCCUGAAACAACUGUGCUUUCCACCACCACUACGGCAACAACCACCACUGCCUCAACUACCUCUGAAACAUCAUCAACAACUCUCCCCACCACCUCUACACCAAUGACGACCAUUAUCACUGCCUCAACUACUCCUGAAACAACUGUGCUUUCCACCACCACUACGGCAACAACCACCACUGCCUCAACUACCAAUGGAACAUCAUCAACAACGCUCCCCACCACCUCUACACCAAUGACGACCAUUAUCACUGCCUCAACUACUCCUGAAACAACUGUGCUUUCCACCACCACUACGGCAACAACCACCACUGCCUCAACUACCAAUGGAACAUCAUCAACAACGCUCCCCACCACCUCUACACCAAUGACGACCAUUAUCACUGCCUCAACUACUCCUGAAACAACUGUGCUUUCCACCACCACUACGGCAACAACCACCACUGCCUCAACUACCUCUGAAACAUCAUCAACAACUCUCCCCACCACCUCUACACCAAUGACGACCAUUAUCACUGCCUCAACUACUCCUGAAACAACUGUGCUUUCCACCACCACUACGGCAACAACCACCACUGCCUCAACUACCAAUGGAACAUCAUCAACAACGCUCCCCACCACCUCUACACCAAUGACGACCAUUAUCACUGCCUCAACUACUCCUGAAACAACUGUGCUUUCCACCACCACUACGGCAACAACCACCACUGCCUCAACUACCAAUGGAACAUCAUCAACAACGCUCCCCACCACCUCUACACCAAUGACGACCAUUAUCACUGCCUCAACUACUCCUGAAACAACUGUGCUUUCCACCACCACUACGGCAACAACCACCACUGCCUCAACUACCUCUGAAACAUCAUCAACAACUCUCCCCACCACCUCUACACCAAUGACGACCAUUAUCACUGCCUCAACUACUCCUGAAACAACUGUGCUUUCCACCACCACUACGGCAACAACCACCACUGCCUCAACUACCAAUGGAACAUCAUCAACAAUGCUCCCCACCACCUCUACACCAAUGACGACCAUUAUCACUGCCUCAACUACCAAUGGAACAACUGUGCUUUCCACCACCACUACACCAAUAAUUACAUCUGCAUUGACGACAAUUACCAAUGUCUCAACAACUACUGAAACUUGGUCAACCAACACUACACCACCCAUUUGUGAGUGUAAAGACCUGAAGAGGAAAAAACGCUGGGAUUGCGGUGAGACGUGGACAGAGGACUGCUUCUAUAAGAACUGCACAGGUGGAAAGAUAGAGUUGACUCCAGUGGUUUGUCCAGAGUCUACAAUUCCAAACUGCCCCAGAGACCAGGUCACUAAAGUCUCGGAUGGAUGCUGUGAAACAUAUGAGUGUGACUGUCGCUGUGAGCUCUAUGGGGAUCCCCACUACAUCUCUUUCCAAGGUGUAACCUUUGAUUUCCUGGACGAAUGCACCUACGUCCUGGUGGAGGAGCGGUCUCCACGUUAUCAUCUGACCAUUGCUGUGGAUAACUUUGACUGUGUGCAGGGCCUCCAGGGCUCCUGUGUUAGAGGCAUCAUCCUGAAAUAUCAGAACAGUAUAGCUUCACUCAGCAUCCUUCAACGUGAAGUAAAGGCCACUCUGAACAACAUGACCAUAAAGCCGCCAUAUGUGGAGCAUGGGUGGAGGUUUGAGUCCACGGGGUACAUAGUGUCAAUCUACCUCCCAGAGCUCCGCUCUUAUGUCUCCCUCAGUCCGGCUCAUACCCUGGUGGUCAGUCUGGCCAUGGAGCACUUCCUCAACAACACCCAGGGACAAUGUGGAGUAUGUGGUGUUGGAUCGUGUAUCCGUAAAGGAGGGCAGAUGGAGGCCGACAGCUGCUGUAGUAAGACAGCCAAUGACUGGGUGUAUGACGACCCGCUGAAGCCAGCCUGUGCUUUUGCAGCAAAGGACGUACCUUGUAUCUCCCCCACUAUAGUACCCACUGUCUCGACCACCCCCUGCCCUGCUAGCCUUCUAUGUGAGCUGCUAGACCACCCGGUUUUUUCACCAUGCAGCAGUUAUGUGGAUCUGAAUCUUAAGAAGAAGAACUGCAAGUUUGACUCAUGUAGGCUCAGUGUUUGUUCUUCACUAGAGCAAGCUGCUGAUGAAUGCAAGAAUGCUGACAUCUGCAUCGAAUGGAGACACCUGACCAAUGGGACCUGUGAUGUGACAUGUCCAAAAAAACUGGUUUACAGAGAAUGUCAGAACAAGCUGGAUGACUUCUGCUCUGGAGGAAUACGUCAUGGAGGCGGCUCCCUGGAGAACAACAUGGCAGGCUGUUAUUGUCCCGAAGAACUAUUCAGGGUGGGAAAUCACUCAAACGUCUGUGUGUCCGCCUGUCCCUAUUGUAAAGGACCUCUCGGUGAGCCCAUGCUGCCUGGUGAGGUGUGGCUGUCCGGCUGUAACCUGUGUACAUGUAACAACCAGACUCAGACAGAGGAGUGUGUUCAAGACCCUCCUGGGCCGGCCCCCGACUGUGGCCCCAGAGCUGUACUGGUAAACAGCUCUUGCUGUGGUCGUCAGGUUUGUGUUAACAAGACGUGCCGCUAUGGUAAACGAACAUACAUGAUGGGAGACAGAUGGAAGGAUGCCGCCCAUCCCUGCACGUCUUAUAGUUGUAGCAAAGAGGGGAUUCAGACUGAGACCAGACUGUGUCCCACAGAGGAGUGUCAGGAGGAGGACAGACUUUGGGAUGACCAACACUGCUGCUUCACAUGUAACCAGAGCUGUGCUCCGAAGGUCACCAAUGUCACCUUUACAAUAGACAACUGUACGACCACCAUGCCGAUGGCUGUGUGUCAGGGCCACAGUGUGUCUCAGCCCAGGGUGCUGUUACACCCCGACCUGCAGGUGGAGCAGGAGUGCAGAUACUGUCUGGAGCGGAGCUCAGAGAGGAGAUUAGUGACCCUGCAGUGCUUCGACCUCACUACCAGAAACUACAUGUACAAGCAAAUCACCAGCUGUGAGUUCGAAGCCUGCAGCAGUGCUGACAGUAACUAAGUACAUUUACUCAAGUACUGUACUAAAGUAACAUUUUGAGGUUACUUGAGGAUUUCCGUUCCCUGCUACUAUAUAAUUUUACUUUUUACUCUACCACAUUUAUGUAAUGUAAUCAACAAAUAAUGUAUUAAUUAAGUUAUCUGAAAUGAGCUCCUCCUUCACAACAUUAAAGUGAUGAACACAUUAAUGCAUCAAUAAUUAUAAUACAAUAAUUGAAAUCAUAGUGUUUUGAUAUGAGCCGUUGUGCAGUAUGAGUACUUUUACUUUUUUGUACUUUUAAGUACAAUUAAGUAAAAUUGUGAAUCCUGUGGUAUUGUAUUUCAGCCACCACUGAGCAUACUGUGCUUAAAGUAAA